ACUGUCCGCGCGGCUGCUUAAAGCGGAGCUCGAGGAGCCCUGCCCAGUCAGGCGGGGGAUGGCGGCGUCGAGGAGUGUGUUAGUGUCACCGGCACAACAGGGGCUCCGGCUUCUCCUCGCCGCGCUGCUACUCCUGGGGCGCGGCACAGCGCUCUCGCCUGACGAAGAGGACUCGCCGUUCGGCUCCCUCUGGCCCUUGCCCCAGAACGUCCACAUUGAGUCCGAGCUUUACCGGCUGAGCCCCGCGACUUUCCAGAUCGUCCACUCGCCCCAGUCCACCGCUUCGGUCGGCUGCUCCAUUCUGGACAACGCCUUCCGCCGGUAUUUCUACUACAUCUUCGGCAGCUCCGCCGAGAGGAGUCAGCUGGCCGGCAGCGAUGUCGAGGAGUUGACUCAGCUGCAGGUCACUGUCACCGGCAGUGACCCCGAGUGUAACCAACAUCCCAGCGUCACUUCUGUCGAAACCUAUGAGAUUGUCAUUACUCAACCAGUAGCUGUUCUGAAAUCUGAAAAUGUGUGGGGUGCACUGCGAGGACUGGAGACCUUCAGCCAAUUGGUGUAUGAAGAUCAAUAUGAUACUCCUCUCAUUAAUAAAACUCAGAUUUUGGAUUCUCCAAGAUUUGCUCAUAGAGGAAUUUUACUUGAUACAUCGCGGCACUAUUUACCUCUUAAAGUAAUCUUUGAAACUUUGGAGGCUAUGUCAUUCAAUAAGUUUAAUGUUUUCCAUUGGCAUAUUGUGGAUGACCCAUCAUUCCCUUAUCAAAGUAUCAGCUUCCCUGAGCUGAGUACACAGGGUGCGUACCAUCCAGUCACACACAUUUAUACAUUGGCAGAUGUGAAAAUGGUUAUUGAGUAUGCUCGUGAGAGAGGGAUUCGGGUCAUCCCAGAGUUUGACACCCCUGGGCACACACAGUCUUGGAGAGGCAUAAAAAACCUCCUUACUCCAUGUUAUAAUGGUGAGAAGUUUUCUGGAACAUUUGGACCGAUAAAUCCUUCUUUAAAUACAACCUAUGAAUUUUUGAAUCAGCUCUUUAAAGAGAUCAGCUUGGUGUUUCCAGAUGCUUAUGUUCAUUUGGGAGGUGAUGAAGUCAGUUUUGCAUGUUGGAAAUCCAAUCCUGCUAUUACAGAGUUCAUGCAAAAGCAAGGCUUUGGAAAUGAUUACAGAAAACUGGAAUCUUUCUAUAUCCAAAAUGUUCUGGAUAUUGUAGCAAGCUAUAUGAAAGGCUACAUGGUCUGGCAGGAAGUCUUUGAUAAUGGAGUGAAGAUUAAGCCAGACACUAUAGUUGAAGUGUGGAUGGAGAGAAAUGCGAAAGCAGAGUUAUCUAAAGUAACACUAGCUGGGUUUACAACCAUUCUUGCAGCACCCUGGUACUUAGAUUACAUUUCCUAUGGACAGGACUGGCAAAAGUACCAUCAAGUUGAGCCUCUCCAUUUCAACGGAACUGCAGCACAGAAGAAGUUGGUGAUUGGUGGAGAAGCUUGUCUCUGGGGUGAAUAUGUGGAUGCAACCAAUCUUGCCUCACGAUUAUGGCCUCGGGCAAGUGCAGUUGGUGAGCGUCUUUGGAGCACUGAAAAUACAACAAAUAUAAGUGAUGCAUACAAGAGGCUAACCAAACAUCGCUGCCGCAUGGUCCGACGUGGGAUACCAGCUGAACCACUGUUUGUUGGCCACUGUGAUUAUGAGUAUAGAGGGUAACAACAUUCAUCUGAUCAAAUGAAGCUUCUCUGGAACAAGAAAACCGAUGCAUCUUUAGUAAUUCAAUGCAAACUAACAUAACUUAAAAUUAAAUUUGAUCGACACUGAGGUUUUACAGAAUUUUGUUUUGGAAUAAGAAUGAAUGUUUGAUUUUUUUUAAAAUGUCAUUUGGAAGGAUUGUGCAAUAAAGUUCAAAAUUAUAUUUUAAAAAUGAACUUUAUUGUUGCCUUCUCUUAGAAUUUUUUUAAUGAUGUAUCUAGUCAGUGAUGAAAAUAUUAUGUGUUAUAUUUUAACUUACCAAAAUCAAAAGUCUAAAUUUGCGACAUGACCAAUAUUGAGCUAUUAUGGCAUUUUAUCUUGAUGCAUUAUUUCCUCUACACUUUUUUUUAAAGAAAAUGUUUAUGUAUAACCUUACAAUUAUAAAAAUGCAGUGUGUUGAAAUUAAAUGAAAAUAAAAUUUGAUCAUGUCCUAA